AUUAUUCUAUACCAAGGAAAACAUAAGCAUAGUUUGUUUCAAAAGACGACAGCAAAUAAAAACAUAAUUCGUACACAUUCAUUGUCACUAAUACAAAACAUAGCAGAAGUUUAAAAAUUUUAGAGCGAUUCCUUCAAAUUUACAAAUGUCAAACUUAGAAGUAAAUGACAGGGUAAUUGUUAUAGGUAAAAACGUGUCAGGCACAAUUGCUUUUAAAGGUAAAACAGAAUUUUCAAACGGUCUCUGGUUUGGCAUUAUCUUAGACGAGCCGAAGGGAAGAAACAAUGGAAGUUAUGGAGGCGUUCGCUAUUUCAAGUGUGCUCAGAACUAUGGUAUUUUUAUGCGUGUGAAUCAGAUUAAAAAGUUAUCAGAAAGAACUGGAAUCGAUGAAAGUAAGCAUCGUAAUCGGAACUAUAAAUUGAACAGAGAAUCCAAAACAACAUACACCAAAUCUUUACAAAAAAAGUCAGCUAGAAAUGACUACUUCUACGAUUCUGAUUGCUCAUCGAAUAAUGAUGGCGUUGUUGACAACAGUUCAGAAUCAGAAAAAUCUGAACUAUCAUUAGAUUAUGCAGCAGAAAACAUUGCCAAAUGCAUGCCUUUUGCUAAAAGAGAUAUGGAAUCAAAUGAUGAUAUCACCUCAAAUCAAAUGGCGCCUUGUGUUGGCGUAAAUCAAACUGGCGAUAAAAAUGAAAAUGGUGAAGGUAAAGAAACCGAGUAUAGUAAUGAAACACCAAGUUCUGCAGAUGCUGAAGACUUUACAAUGUUACUUAACAAAGCAAUUGAAGAGAGGCGGAUUUCUGACAUUAAAGAGUUAAUUAAAAGAGAAGAGGUUAAAUUGGUGGAGACGGAAGAAUAUAUCAAAAAUUUCAAAAAGAAGUUUUCUCUUGAAUAGGAUUUGUUAACAAAAAUGCUUAAAAAAAUCCUGCCUUUGAUAUGUUGAUUACAAGUUCAUGAACUCUCUUGUUUUUAAAUCAAUUUAAAGCGAAUCAAUUUUAAUUUCUCAGAUUCAAAGGGAU